AGCUCCUUCAUUCACGACAGCCUUAACUUCUCCAACUUACACCUCCAUGCCCGACCCUGAUACCCAUUUGCCAACGCACGCACUGGAGUGGUGGGAUACACGUGAAGGUCGCACGAUUGAAGACAUCCAAAUGGCAGAGGAGACUUUUAGGAUUUUAGAAC